AUUAUGUCGUUAAUUAUAGACAAAAAUUGUGGUGGAACUGAAUGGUAUAUUGUUGUCGUAUCAAUUGUGUCUGGGAUUAUCAUUGGAAUUCUUCUUUCCUAUAUUGUCUCGUGUUCUUGUCGUAAAUUUAGAAGUAGAGAACCUCAGUCAAACCCUAAAGCACAAACAACUGAAGUUGAUACGACUUAUCAAGAGCUUGAUCUUUCAAAAAUGAACACAGAGGAUAAUUAUCAAUCAUUGAGAGUGAAUCCUGCAAGUAAUGACGCUGCGGCAAAUGACGAUGACUCUACUUACAUGCAGUUGAGCAAAGCCAGAGAUGUGGAGGACAACUACCAAUCUUUAACUUGAACCUGGAAUAUUAUAUUUAGGUUCAAGGCAGCCUCGUCUUUAGUAUGAAUAAUGAGGUCACUUGUGACAGAUUUUGUAAAACUACGGACAGUAACCAGACUACCAGAAUAAUAUUUAUACAGGUGCUACAUGCGGAGUCAAGG